AUGGGGCCCUACGGUAUGGGAUUCCCCGACGACGGCCUCCCUAACCAGGGCUGGAAGCUGUACAUCACAUCACUCGUCAUGAUCAUAUCGGCUGGCCUGUUCGUGAUCGCCCGAUGCACGACGCGCUACUACUUUUUCAAACUGGGAUGGGACGAUCUUGCAGUUGUCGUGUCCUUGGCCUCGUCCAUCAUUGUCUCCGUCGCCAUGCAGCUUGCCAUUGAAAACGGCUACGGCAUGCACAAGCUCGACCUGCCCAAACCCCAGCUGCGCUACGCCCUGAAACUCUUCUUCAUCGCCCAGACGCCCUACAAGGUGACCGUCUGCCUCAACAAGGUUGCCGCGAUCCUGCUCUAUCUACGCAUCUUCGUCACGCAGAGCUUCCGGAUCGCAGCCUUUGUCGUCAUGGGCAUCGUUGUCGCCUGGAGCAUCGGCGGCGUUGGCGCCACCAUCUGGCAAUGCGUCCCCAUAGCGGGCGCCUGGAACAAGGCCAUCGAGGCGAAGUGCAUCGACUCGAACAAGUUCUGGAUCGCAUACGCCGUCAUGAACAUCCUGACCGACGUUAUGGUGCUCGCUCUGCCCAUCCCAUCCAUCCUGGCUCUGCAGCUUGGCAAGCGCGACAAGCUGCUGUUGUGCGGCAUCUUCAUGCUGGGAGGCUUUGUUACCGUCACCUCGAUCCUCCGGACGACUUCCGUGCAGAAUUCGCUGAAGAACAAAGAGGACAUUACAUGGAACUUUAUCGAGCGCGGCAUGUGGACCCUCGUCGAGGCGAAUCUCGGCAUCAUCAGCGCCUGUUUGCCUGUCCUCAAGCAGCCGUUGGCCAAGCUCUUCCCCCGCGUAUUCGGUUCGACCCGCAAGAACACAUACUACAUGGCCGACGCGCCAAGCGGCCAGAAGGGUUACAACCUCUCCAAUGUCAGCCGCCAGGAUCAAAAUCCCGGAUUCUGGCGCGCCGGUGUGCGAAAUCAGCAGCAAGUGUCCAUUAGCGCGGGCAAGGAAACUUUGGAUGGAAGGACGAGUGACGAGCAGUGCAUUGUGCAUGGGUCGCUAGGCGGCAGCGAUAGUGAUCUGGAUAUCAAGGUCAAGUGCCAGGAGGGAGGCGUACUGAAGAGGGUGGAAAUGGUGAGGACUUCAUAUCACGAGGACCCUCGCAUGGCAUGA